AUGGCAGCUCGUGACGACUCAUCCACAACCUCCACGCGAGUCGAGCAACCCUCGCCUGAAAAACAAGGAGAAACCUUUCAGGAGAACGCUCAGAAUGCAGAAACCGUCGAGGAUAUAGAUCCCGCUCUUAGCAAACGCUUGGAUCGUAAAUUUGACAGACACAUAAUCUUCUGGCUCUUUGGCAUCUGGCUAUUUGCCUUCAUUGACCGGUCCAACAUUGGCAAUGCCAGAAUUGAUGGCCUUGUAGAAGAUCUCAACCUGUAUGGGACAAGAUUCAAUAUUGCUUUAGUCGUCUUCUACGUCCCCUACAUCCUCGUUGACGUCCCUUCGAAUUGGGUCGUCAAAUAUUUCAAAGCUGGCAAUUACCUUCCAGCUUUGAUCAUUCUUUGGGGUCUCGUCUCAACGUUCCUUGGGUUCACAAAAUCUUAUGGCGGGCUCAUCGCCGCCCGAUUCUUCUUAGGCUUGUUUGAAGGUGGCUUGCUAGGCGGCAUGAUUGUCUAUCUCGCCAUGUUCUACGAAAGACACCAAAUGCUGUUUCGAAUUGGCCUCUUCUAUUGCGCAGCGCCGCUCAGUGGCGCCUUUGGUGGCCUACUCGCGUCCGGUCUGGCCCAGAUCAAGCAUGGUGGCUACAACCGAUGGCCAUGGAUCUUCUUCAUUGAAGGUGCAAUCACAGUGUGUUUUGGACUGCUUGCUCUGUGCUUCAUGCCCCAUACACCGGCCCAGUGUAAAUUUCUCACCGACGACGAGCGCCUUCUUGCCGUAAAGCGAAUGAGACUUGAUGCGAGCGGUGCAGCCACGGAACAAGAUGUUGAUCAUGAGAAAUUCGACUGGCAUUGGGUUCGCAUGGCAUUUCUUAGCCCAAAUACAUGGUUUUGCUCGCUGGCCUGGUUUUUCCUUCUGAUACCCUUAUAUAGCUUUUCGCUAUUUUUGCCCACCAUCAUCAGUGCUCUGGGAUAUUCAAGUACAAAAGCUCAACUGUUCACGGUACCGCCUAACAUGGCCGCUUUUUUCCUGGUCCUUAUAACUGCUGGUCUCUCCGACAAGCUCAAAGUCCGAGGCCCCUUCAUGAUUCUGGGCUGCGUGUUGGCAAUCGUGGGAUACGUCAUGCUUCUCGCCGCUGAGCGCCCAUCUGUGCGUUAUGGUGGGACGUUUUUCGUCGCCUGCGGCGUGUUCCCGUGUUCACCAAUGGUCAUGGGUUGGCUUUCUAACAAUACAGCCCCUCAUUUCGUGAGAGCCACGGCUACAGGCUUCGAGAUUGCAUUUGCCAAUUGUGCAGCUUUCAUAGCUACCUUCACCUACUUGUCAAAAGAUGCCAUACUCGCAUCUGCCAAUCCACUUCAGAUUCGAGGCGACUCGGUGACAACUACGAGAGGCUACGAUGGUGGUGGAGGAUAUGGUGGUGAUGGAUACGGGGGUGGAGGGUACGGGGGUGAGCAGAGCAGUUGUCAAGGCAGUAUCAUCACAGUGACCGAGAGAAUCACCACCGAUCCUACAUUUGGACCUACUGCCUCGACCGUCACUGUGCCAGGUCCAACUGUCACGAGCAUAGGCUCGUUCGGAACAGUGACAUUACCCACAACAGUGGUUUCCACGAUCACAGUUCCUGGAUGGACUUCUACAAGCAUAUUGACAUCCACUGUGGUUCUCACACGCACCGUUGCUGGAGCCACUACGAUGGUCACGAGUGCAGAUAAAAGUGCGAGUCAAGUAGAUGCGACAUCGACGGUGGUCGGCACUGGCUCGACUUGUGUUUCGGUGAUCACAUCAACAGUCCAAGGAAGAACGAACACAGUCACUGUUCCUGGACCACCAGGACCGACGUCAGUUUCGACAAUUACGAUCGAGAAAACAUCUACGUUGGUUUCUACAACACUUGUUUGGACUACGGCCACGGUAACCGGUACAUCUGUCUUGGUCAAGACUGAGUCUAGCUGCACGGCUACAAGCACUGCCACUGUUACGACCACAUCAACGACGCUGGCGAUACUCAGGAGUACAGUCACAGUGACAUCAGUUCGGACAACAGGUGUACCAUCCACUACAUUGACUGUCGUCUCAACAGCUGUGAGGACAAUAAAUAUCCCUGAGACUACACAGACUGUGUCUCGUACGCUGACCCCAACGGUAAAGGCGACAACGACACUCGUCAGCAGCAUACUAGGGAGCACCGGAACAAGGACGGUAACUUCAACAUCAGUGUGGACAAGCACGUUACCAAGGGUCACUGAAACAGUGUAUCAAACCAAUGUGUCGACAGUAACCAAGACAGUGCCAGCCACUACUGAGAUGAGUGUCUCCACCGUGAUUCAAACAUCGACUGUGUCGAGCACUAUCAUUACCAGCACAUUUAUCGUGACGCAAACAUCCCAACAGCCUGCUGUAUCGACUCAAACGAUCACCCAGACACUAGCCACCGGUUGUACGUCCUGGACUUCAAGUUUGGCGACUUCAUCGACCGGAUCGACAUUUUCAACAGCGAUUACAACCUCAACAAUCACCGUGACAACAACAGUGACGGUCCCUGAUACCUCGCCACCUGGAUGGCGGGAUUGGCGAGGCAAGCCAACUCCAGUCUAG